AUGCCAGAUAGCGACUUGACUUCAGCGGUUCCCGCGCAGCUCUCAUUUCUUGCGAUAUACAACCCCCUCCUCGGACCGACAGACGAAAGUAUCGGUGAUCAGGUCGUUUUUUAUACAUCCAGAGCAGAGCGAUUACGACGAAAUGAACGAUCUGCUGUUGGUAACGAUGAUGCAGAGUUUACUGAGGGGCGAAAUGAGAGGUUGCGCCAGAUAGGACUGGCGCAGGGAAUGGUCAGCUUCGCCAGGAAUUUCUCCGAAGGUAAAUCAGUCGAUUAUGUGGAGACAGAAAAAUCGACCGUUAUACUACACGAAUUGGAGGAGAAUUGGUGGAUACUAGCAUCAAUAGAUCUCACUCGGCUUCCGAAUGAUUCAGCGAGCGGCGCUGCCUCCCAGCACGAUACCUCUGGUGGUUCUCCUUUCUACUACUCCUCGAGAGAGAUAUGUCCGCCGCAACUCUUGGAACAACAGCUACGCCGGGCUCAUUCCACGUUCCUCCUUCACCAUGACUUUACGCUUCAGCGUCUGUACGACCGUGUUGGAAGAUCCUCGUUUUGCAAUUUUCUUGAGCGCUUUUGGGGCAAAUUUGCAUGGAGCUGGGACAUUCUCCUGACCGGGAAUCCCGCCGUUGAGAUAUAUAAUGGCAUAAAGCUUUCUGCUGGCGGCGAGCUUGGAAUCGGGGUGGGCGAGGAAGAAUGGGGAAGUGGGGAGAGAGAGGUUCUUGAGGACUAUGUGCUCAGAACAGAUGGACUAGUGGAUCUUGUCGUCUCCCGAUUCGGCGAUACUUCUUCCUCGGCGGAGAAUUUAGCAACGUCAAAGAGGUCAGAGGAUGCUGCUGAUGCAGGUGAAGAUCGAAGAAGUUGGCUCGGUUCGGACGUCUACCCUCGCCCAUCAGACGGUGUCAUAUUCUCCGGAGUUGGCAACAUCUCAAGAUCUUCUCUGGUACAGGUCUCUCAGUGGAUGGAAUGGAUCUUCAGAUUUGGGUAUGAUGCGUAUGGGGUGGGUGAGGACCCGACAUCACCGCGACGACGCAAACGCCGGCGAGGACAUCGUGGUCGAUCAGCUGCGAAAGCCCUCAGUGUCUCAGCUAGUCGUACCGACAAAUCCCAACUGAUGACGACAAAUCGCAGCUUUACCCCAGGGAUACCUCCUCCCCUGGUAGUAGGAACAUCGAAAGCUGCACAGGAGGCUGGACAAGGAACACGCCAAAGUAGCAGUGACAGCUCUCCUUCCAGGGGCGACAAGGGCAGUGAUUGGAUAGGUCUUGGAUCAGACACUCUGGUCAAAUAUCUCACACUCGGAUACGGCUCGUCUUGGAGUUUUUCGUCCGGCACAACCAGCACACAUCCGCGCGUUGAGGCACUGAAGCGGGAAGAGAGUUCUUCAGACGCGAGGAAAGAGCACCAGUCUUCUGACUAUGCCCAGGAGGCAUCUGAAGAAAGCGCACCGAGGGUUAGCAACGACACUAAAGCCAAGAACCAGGCCAAUGGAAAGUUCAUUAUUGGUCUACGUGAUGACUCUGAUUUUGUGGACUACCAAUCCCCUGAAGAUAAUGGCCGGCAUGACUCAACAGCCAACUUGACAGAGAAGAUAGUUCAACGGACUCUGAAUGACCAAACGGCAGGUGAUGCAGAAUCCGUUGAGCUGCGGGUAGUGGUUUAUGUCAAUCAACCUUUUAUAUACACAUUCCUUUUUGACCCUCAAGCGCCGUCCUUGAACGAUGUCUCCCUCUACCAGAGCAUUCGUCACCAACUCGGUCCCCUCCAGAAGCCACUGAGCAACUCCACAUCACCUGCGAAUGCCGCAGAACGCAUUCUCAUGUCCGAGAAUGGGCUCGACGUCAACAAACGCUUCUCAAGCAAGAGCCUACCAGUCUACGAUCUCGUUUACGAUCUCGUUUACGACCCCACAAAUCUGACCGUCCGGUCUUCGCUUCCGAAUAUUCCAGAGCUCGGAUACUACUCUCUCGAGACCUCGCCAUGGUCUCGCGUCGAGAGUCUCAACAUUCACCAGCGCCUUUUGAGCACAUACGCCGAAACCAGGUUGCGUCCCCUCGAACUCGAACGAACAUGCAAGACCAGUCGCGGCUGGUGGAUCGUUUGGGUACGAAUCACUGACGCACAACCCCUGAACCAUCAAGAUGAUCACGAUUCAAGUAUUAGCGAAGGCGAAGGUUUCUCUUCCCCUCCCGCUCGGGAAGCAUUCCUGGUCCGCAAAGCAAGCGACCACGUCUCGCCAGCGGGGCAUGCCCGCGGUGGCAGCGGGACACGAUUCUUCAGAGAUCUCGGGGGCGCCUCAUCACCGGGACUGCAAGCCUCCGGCUCCGAGACGGGGCCGGGGAAACUUGUAGAGGGGCUGGGCCUUGAUGCGAGACGAUAUAUAGAGAAUCUAUUAAGCCUGAAUAGAUAA